CCUCGGGAUACCGGUGUCCCCCACCCACCCACUCCGGGACAAAGCGUCACUUCCGGAGGUGGGGAUGUGGGGCACUGCGGUGGCGAGGGACAAAGCGGAGAGUAGAAGAAGAGGGACCGGCCGCGUCCCGGGGGUUCAGGUGUAGCUGCUCCCAUGGAGUUGGGCACCCGCCACUGCUGCUAUAUCCGUGAUAGAUCGCGCCUGUUGUUUCACACUUCGUCAGAGCACAGAUAGCACCGCCAGACAGUACCCCGGGGUGAGCCAUGAUUCCCGUCACAGAGCUGCGCUAUUUUGCCGACACGCAACCGGCUUAUCGCAUCUUGAAGCCAUGGUGGGACGUCUUCACGGACUACAUCUCCAUUGUCAUGCUCAUGAUAGCGGUGUUUGGAGGCACCCUGCAGGUCACACAGGACAAGAUGAUCUGCCUGCCUUGUAAAUGGGUCACCCAUGACAGCUGUAACGAUUCCUACCGUGGCUGGACACCUGCAGAAAUGGAGUACACCAACAAUAGCCUGGGGCCUCCACCUGGACUUGGUCCCACGGGUAUAAAAUACGACUUGGACAGACAUCAGUAUAACUACGUGGAUGCAGUGUGCUAUGAGAACCGGCUGCACUGGUUCGCAAAGUACUUUCCUUACCUCGUCCUGUUGCACACGUUGAUCUUCUUGGCCUGUAGUAACUUCUGGUUUAAGUUUCCCCGCACCAGCUCCAAACUGGAGCAUUUCGUAUCCAUCCUGCUCAAGUGCUUCGAUUCACCGUGGACUACCCGAGCCUUGUCUGAGACUGUGGUGGAAGAAAGCGACACCAAGCCCACUGGAGCAAAGAUGAACGGCUCGGUGGACAAGAAGUCUUCUACGGCUAGCGACGAUGUGGAAGCAACUGUGCCCAUGCUCCAGAGGAGUAAGUCCAGGGUGGAGCAGGGGAUCGUCGACAGGUCUGAAACCGGAGUCCUGGAUAAAAAGGAGGGCGAGCAAGCCAAGGCCUUGUUCGAGAAGGUGAAAAAGUUCAGGACUCACGUGGAAGAAGGAGAUAUAGUCUACAGGCUUUAUAUGCGCCAGACAAUCAUCAAAGUCAUUAAGUUCAUCCUGAUACUCUGCUACACUGUGUAUUACGUCAGUAGCAUUACGUUCGAUGUGGACUGCAAGGUGGACAUCGAAAGCCUGACUGGCUAUCGCAUGUAUCGGUGUGCUCAUCCGCUGGCCACUCUCUUCAAAAUCUUAGCUUCUUUCUACAUCAGCCUCGUGGGCUUUUACGGCCUCAUCUGCGUAUACACUCUGUGGUGGAUGCUGAGAAGAUCCUUGAAAAAAUAUUCCUUCGAGUCCAUCCGAGAGGAAAGCAGCUACAGCGACAUCCCAGACGUGAAGAACGACUUUGCGUUCAUGCUACAUCUCAUAGACCAGUACGAUCCGCUCUACUCCAAGCGAUUCGCCGUCUUUUUGUCAGAAGUCAGCGAGAACAAACUGAGACAGCUUAACCUCAACCACGAGUGGACCUUGGACAAGUUACGCCAGAGGAUCACCAAGAACUCUCAGGACAAGCUCGAGCUGCACCUCUUCAUGUUGAGCGGUAUCCCCGACACAGUGUUUGACCUUGUCGAGCUGGAAGUCCUUAAACUGGAACUGAUACCAGAUGUCACCAUCCCUCCAAGCAUUGCCCAGCUCACAGGUCUAAAGGAGCUCUGGUUGUACCACACAGCAGCUAAAAUCGAGGCACCAGCUUUGGCCUUCCUCAGAGAGAAUCUGAAGUCGCUGCACAUCAAAUUUACAGACAUCAAGGAGAUUCCUCUGUGGAUCUACAGUCUGAAAAACUUGGAGGAGCUGCACUUGACCGGUAACCUGAGCGCGGAGAACAACAGAUAUAUAGUCAUCGAUGGUCUACGCGAGCUGAAGAGGUUGAAAGUGUUGAGGCUGAAGAGUAACCUGACUAAACUGCCCCAGGUGGUGACCGAUGUCGGCAUUCACCUACAGAAGCUCUCCGUCAACAAUGAGGGCACCAAACUGAUGGUCCUCAACAGUCUUAAAAAGAUGUUGAACCUUACAGAACUGGAGCUGGUGCGCUGUGAUCUGGAGAGGAUCCCUCACUCCAUCUUCAGUCUUCACAACCUUCAGGAGAUAGAUUUGAAGGACAAUAAUUUGAAGACCAUCGAAGAGAUUAUUAGCUUCCAGCACCUGCACAGACUGACCUGCCUGAAGCUCUGGUACAACCAUAUCGCCUACAUACCAAUUCAGAUUGGCAAUCUGGCCAGCCUGGAGCGCCUGUAUCUUAACCGCAACAAGAUCGACAAAAUACCAGUCCAGCUAUGCUUAUGUCGAAAGCUCCGCCAUCUUGACCUGAGCCACAAUACCCUAACUAGCAUCCCAGCGGAGAUCGGGCAACUACAGAACUUGCAGUAUUUCGCUGUAACUGCCAAUCACAUUGAGAACCUGCCUCCGGAGCUUUUCCAGUGCAAGAAACUUCGUACUCUGAAUCUAGGGAACAACGCCCUGCAGUCUCUCCCUUCCAGAGUGGGCGAGCUGACCAACCUGGCCCAAAUGGAGCUGCGAGGCAACAGACUGGAGUGUCUCCCUGUGGAGCUAGGGGAUUGUUACCUCCUAAAACGCAGCGGACUAGUGGUGGAGGAGGACUUGUUUAACACUUUGCCUCUGGAAGUUAAGGAGAAAUUAACCAGAGCGGACAAGGAACCAGUGUGAGGAAGACUCAAUCUUGCUGAGCAAGUCAUUUCCUAUUGGUGACCCCUCUCCUAGAACAUGGGGAACAUCUGCUUAUUCUAAACUCCCAAAAGUGGACCACGAAUUGUCCCAAUGAGCGCCGAACAAAAUUCCCUGACGUUCUCCCGGCCUUUCCUAUGAGGUCCACAUACUGGAGGACCCUGGAAGGGAAGGAAGGCCGCCACCCGUUCCUGUUGUGCAGACCAUCUCCAGACGGACAGCUUCGUGAACGUCGUCCCGUGCUUGUUCCUCUUCUGCUAUUUUUAGGGAGGACUCCUAAUGAAUUUCUUUGAUGUGCUU